GUUUUUUUUGUUUGCUUUGUUUUUUGGGGGUUUUUUUAUCCCUUUUUUUUUUGCCGCCGCCGUGUGCCGGCGCGGGGCUGGCUUCUCCCUUUGAGCGUCUCCAUCCCCCGGCGGAGGUUAUGAUGGUGCAUUGUGCGGGCUGCGAGAGGCCGAUUUUGGACCGCUUCCUACUGAACGUCUUGGACAGGGCAUGGCACAUCAAAUGCGUCCAGUGCUGCGAGUGCAAGUGCAACCUGACCGAGAAAUGCUUCUCCAGGGAAGGGAAACUCUACUGCAAAAAUGACUUUUUCAGGAGGUUUGGUACCAAAUGCGCCGGCUGCUCCCAAGGGAUCUCUCCCAGCGACCUCGUCCGAAAAGCCCGGAAUAAAGUCUUUCACCUGAACUGUUUCACCUGCAUGGUCUGCAACAAGCAGCUCUCCACGGGCGAGGAACUCUAUAUCAUCGACGAAAACAAAUUUGUUUGCAAAGAGGAUUAUUUGAACUCUCCCAGUUUGAAGGAAGGCAGCCUCAACUCAGUGUCCUCAUGUACAGACAGGAGUUUGUCCCCGGAUCUCCAGGACCCCAUGCAGGACGACACCAAGGAAACGGACAACUCGACCUCCUCGGACAAGGAGACCACCAACAACGAGAACGAGGAGCAGAACUCGGGCACCAAGCGGAGGGGGCCCCGCACCACCAUUAAAGCCAAGCAGCUGGAGACCCUCAAAACCCUCAAAGCCGCCUUCGCCGCCACCCCCAAACCCACUCGCCACAUCCGGGAGCAGCUGGCCCAGGAGACCGGCCUCAACAUGAGAGUCAUCCAGGUGUGGUUCCAGAACCGUCGGUCGAAGGAGCGGCGGAUGAAGCAGCUGAGCGCGCUGGGCGCCCGGCGGCACGCGUUCUUCCGCAGCCCCCGCAGGAUGCGGCCCCUCGGCGGCCGCCUCGACGAGUCCGAGAUGCUCGGCUCCACGCCCUACACCUACUACGGAGAUUACCAAGGUGACUACUACGGGCCAGGAGGCAACUAUGACUUUUUCCCCCACGGGCCGCCCUCCCAAGCCCAGUCCCCGGCCGACUCCAGCUACCUUCAGAACUCAGGACCCGGCUCCACACCCCUGGGACCCUUGGAGCCCCCCCUAAGCGGACACCACUCCUCAGAAAACCAAAGGUACACGGAUAUGAUCUCGCACCCCGACACCCCCAGCCCCGAGCCGGGGAUGACGGGCUCUCUGCACCCCAUUCCGGGGGAGGUCUUCAGCGGGGGGCCCAGCCCGCCCUUCUCCAUGUCCAGCAAUAGCGGCUACAGCGGCGCUCUGUCGCACCCCAACCCGGAGCUCAGCGAGGCGGCGGUCUGGUAGGCCCGGCCUGGGCACGCGUGUGCGUGUGUGCAGGGGGAAGCAAACCCCCCCUGGUCCCCCCAGCCCACGC